CCUUUCAAUAUCUACAACGUCUUACUUUAGCUUCUAAAUUUUAUCUUCUAAUUUCAUUGGUGCUCUUCCAUUAAUGUUGUAAACAAUGUUUUCUCCGCUGAUUAUUUUUGUCUUAUUGGCUGUCGGUUAUGGCUGGGUAGAAUGUGCUUGUCCACAUGGAUGGAUUCUACAUGGUAAAUCAUGCUAUCAUUUUAGCCAUGACACCGAGGAAUGGAUCGGAGCUUUGGCUGUAUGUCGAGAGCUAGGUGGACAGCUUGUUGAAAUAGAGGACGCUGCAGAAGAUAACUUCAUCAUUAGUGAAGCAAGACGUCGUCAAAAUAGCUAUUGGAUAGGAUUGUCCGACAUUCAAGAAGAAGGGACUUGGGUAUGGAUGAAUAGUAAAAUACCCCUAGUACCGGGGGAUUAUACGAAUUGGGAAAGUGGUCAACCUGACAAUGAUGAUGACGAUGAAAAUUGUGUAAAUUUAGAGGAGAACUUCAACAUGUUGUGGAACGACUUAGCAUGCCACACCGUUCAAAACUACAUAUGUGAACGCCUGGCACAGAACCUCGACAUUGUGGGUUGAGACAUUAUAUGUUCCAGAACUAAUAAAUCUAUUGUAAACUAUA